AGUGAGUGUGGUCUGAAGCGUCAUUCUCCUCUUUUCUUCCUCUCAGUGUGUGAACGCGCAUCACUUGAGAGAAACGGCGCCGGAGACCCACAAGUUUCUUGUCUGUCGGCUAGGCUCGUUCCACUCCGCUGUCUGUUCUUCCUCUUCUUCCUCUUCUUCUCCAUUGUUAUCGCGACUCUCCUUCUUUUUUUUGUCGUGUCUUUUCUGACGCGAGGAUUCGCUCGGGGUGUUCACGCUAACACUGGGCGUAGCUGGAGAGAAUUUUGCUAGCUCGCCGCUGCACUGACUGACUGACCUUGUCUCCAGAAAGCCUGUAGACCUGUGGCCAUCCUGUGAGAUUCACGUCAAUCAGCCCUGCCCUGCAGAGGACCACUACCACUCAAGGGGAGAUGAAGCCGGAUGGGGUUGUCACGGCAGCACUGGAGCCAAUGGAAGCAUUGGAAUCAAAUCCAGGAAAUGAGGCAGCACCAGCUGUUGGACAUGAGCCCGACCAGGCAGCUAGUCCAGUGGGAGAGGAGAUGCCGCAGCAGCCUGUUGGAGAGGCAGGACAGGUGAAGCCCCAACCAGAACAAGCCAAGGAGACCCCACCUGCUAAGACAAGCAACAAGACCUCAGGAGACUCCAAAGCCAAGACUACAAACAAGGCCACACCCAAGACAAAAUCGUCCACCACCACCAGCCAAACAAAGACCACAGCUGGCUCACGGCCCAACACAACCCAGAGCCGCCUCUCAAAUGGCAUGUCUAAGCCCCAGACCAAUGGAGUGGCUAAGAAACCUACACCUUCCCUAGACAAAAAGAGCACCCCGACAUUAGCAUCCUCCAAAAAACCAACAGGUACGUCCUCGGUGCUGGCCCCCAAGAGCAAAGUGGGUGAGAAGAAAGCCACGGGGGCUGGACCAACAGCGGCCAAGAAGACACCAUCAGCAAAUGCCAAUGGUGUCAAGACGAGCAGCACUGCACCUGCCGCUAAGAAGCCCCCAGCGCUCAAAUCUGCGACUCCCACCAAGCCGAGCUCGACUGCCUCACCUAAGCCUGAUAAGACCCCUGUUUCCAAGACAACCAGGUCAACAACUGGCACUCCAGCAUCAUCUCGUCCAGCCACUGGGACAACCCGGCAACCCUCUUCAACCACCACCAAGAGCUCCUCAGCUACAGCCAAACCUGCCACUCCUAAAACCCCCUCCACCACUAAGACUCCGGCCUCCAAACCAACCUCCUCUACCCCCUCUGGUGGCAAACCACCAACACUGCAAUCAUCUAAAAGCUCAACCCCUUUGAAAAAAGAUGUUACCAAACCUGCAACCCCAGCAGCCAAAAAGCCUACAAAUUCUCCCCUUACCCGCCCUGCAUCCACGACAAAGCCAGUAAAAUCGGAGACCCCCAAAUCAGCUACACGGCCAGAUGUUGCUACCAAAAAGCUUACUACUACCAAGGUUGCGGAAACAAAGACACCAAACCGCCCAAAAACACAAGAGAGUAAACCCACACCCUCUAAGGAUGCUUCCAAGGCACCUGGCUCCAAAGCCAAGCCCUCCAGUCCCAAGAAAACUGUGGGCAGCAGCACCCCAAUGCCCGUGAAACGUGGACCCAAAGCAGCAACUAUUGGUGAACCUGUAAAGGAAACUGUUGCUGCUGUAGCAGCUACAGCAGCUAUUGCUUCUGCAGCAGCCGCCCUUGCUGGGCCAGAGGAACCAGCUGUGGAACAACCUGCUACAACUCCUGAAGCAGUACAAGAAAAAACUGCAGAGCCGACAGCAGAACCAGCUCCUGCACAAGUGGUAGAACCAACACGUGAACCAACUCCAGAACCAAUACAUGAACUAACUCCAGAACCAAUACGUGAACCAACCCCUGAACCAAUGCGUGAACCAACCCCUGAACCAAUGCGUGAAUCUGAACCAAUCGAAUCGCCAGAACCCCGAGAACCAACUCCAGAACCCGUACGAAAGCUAACACCAGAACCUGUACUAGAGCUAACACCAGAACCUGUACGAGAGCAAACACCAGAACCCAUGUGGGAGCCAACACCAGAGCCUGUACGAGAACCAAGCCCAUACCAAAUGCGAGAGGCAGAAUUUGGUGCUGAAUCAGUCCAUGAACUACCCUAUAGCGAUCAGCUGUCAGCCCAGUUGGAUCAGUUCCACUUUGAGGAGUCUGCCAAUGACUCAGUUACUUCCUUGGGAACUACUGUCAUGUCUCCUCCUUGUUCCCCUCCAGGCCCUGUUUCUCCUGUCAGAGCGCCACAGAAUGCUUCCUCUCUGCAGGACGUGUACAUUCAGUCUGAUCCUAUGGAUGAGAACCAGCACCUGGCCUCGUCUGAUACUGCUUCUCAGAGCGCAGUCAAUAUGAUGAGCUUCCAGAUUGAAGAGGGAAAGGAAGAUAAAGGAUACUUUGCAUAUGAUACAAGGGAGGAGGAAGAAGAAGAAGAUGAAGAGGAAGAGGAGGAGGAGGAGGAGGAAGAAGAGAAGGACCUGUUAAUGUCUCCUCCCACAGCUCCAUCUGUAGAGGCCUUUCAUAUGAUGGCACAACCCCACUCUUUGGGCACUUUGCCCAUGGAUGAUGACACAUUCAGGGACCUCAUCUCACCUAAUGAAAAGGAGGUGGCAGUAGAAAAGGCUGAUGAGGAGAUCAAUGAUGACGAUGAGGAGGAGGAGGAAGAGGAUGAAGAUGAGGAACAGAGGAGACUAGGCCAUCAGCCUUCCUCCAUGAUCACUGAGAUGAGCAUGUCCCAGCCCUCUGAAGAGUUCCAAGUCUGCUCCCCAGCAUUUGGCAGUUCAGCGGGUUGGCACGGUGACGAUCUCUUGUCAGGGAUGGACUCUGAGGAUGUGAGCAGCUGUACCAGCAGUCGGCAGCAGGGAGUCUCUGACCUGAGUAGCACCCUGCACACGGCGAUAUUAGAGGGCACGCAGAGCUCAGAUGCCCUGGUCGACUCAAGUCUCCGUGGCUCUGAGGGAGAUGGAAAUCUCAUGGGCUCUCCUAACGUAGAAACCCUGGCCAACGAGGAGGAGGAUGAAGAGGAUGAAGAGGAUGAGCGGGUUGAUGAGAUGGACCUGAGUUCAGAAAGAAUAGAGGAGCACCACAAGGUGUUUCAGCAGCAGGAGCGUGAUGAGGAAGAUGAUGACGAUGUAGAAAUGCACAGCGAAGGUGUGACCGAGAGCUGUGAGAAUGUAGACGAAGACGACUUCAAUGAGGAGGAGCAUUUAGACAACCUCAAUCGCUCCGUCCCUCAGCCUUCUGUGCCCCCAGCCUGUUCCUGGAGCGAGACCAACCCCUUCUCUGAUACCUGGGGUCAACCAUCCUCACUCCUGGCUAUGUCAUCUCCCAGCCCUGUGUCAGACCAUGGCGCAGCUGAAUCUGAAACACCAACUCAGUCUCCCGCUCAGACAUGUUUGGACAGCAGUGCCCCCUCUUUUGCUUCUCAGUCGGAGCCUCAGCACCAUCAGUCAGUCCACGAGGAUAUGAAGGACGACCUACUUGCUGCCUCAGCUGUAGGCAUGUCUCAUUCCGGUGGCCCAGGUCUGGCUGCGCACAGCAGCAGUGAGACAAGCACACCAGAGGAACCCUGUGACUAUGACAGCAGCUCUGGUGUGGAGUCCCGUUCAGACAAGCAGCAGACCCCAGUGCCUGCUUCAGUCCAGCCUGACAUGGACCAAGACCUGGGAAUUCAUUUGGAGAAAGGCGAUGGAGAAGAGGAGGAGGCUGAGACACUACCUGCUGAUGAGGUUCUGGGAACAGGACCCCCAACUGCUCCAGCAUCAGCCCCGUCUUCCCCCUCCACCUCAGGAGAUGAAGCCAGUGACACAGAGGGUGAGAUGCAAAUAAACGACCCAGAUGCUCCAAUGAGAAUGGACGAGAGUGCUGGAUUUGAAAGCCCCACUCCCACCUGUAAUCUUCCCUCUCUUGACGAGGAUGAGGAGGCGGCAGGAACACCUGCUGGUGAUGGUGAAGAGGACGGAGGCGGGGCCACCCCUCAGUCAGCUAACUCUGUGGCAUCAUACGGCUUCGACUGCACCACGUCCAAUUCCAAUGCCCACUCAAUGGCAGAAAGUUGCGGAAAGAGCCCAGGUAUCUUUUCCCUAGAGAACAUGGAACAGCUUCCUGAGGAGGCCAAAGACCCCUCCCUCAUCAAGGAGCUCACCCUGCCGUCAGCAGCUGCCGCUGCCCAGGCAGAGGACCUGCUGGGGCGACCUGUGGACCUGAUGCCGUUGGGCCUUCCAGGAGGAAACCAACCGAUGUUCGAUGAGCACCACUACAUGCUGGGGGGAAAGGUUGCAGUGGACCACCUUGGGGAAGUCGAUCCAUCGGAGUCAAGUCACCACUUCGGGGCCCAGGAAUCUGAAGACGCCGACGACAGCCAGCCACCGUACUACUCAACUAUUUGUGAUAAAACUGAUAGUUUUCUGGCAGGUAACGUAUAAGCCCCAACUUUUACCCCUGGAAUGCACCUUUUCCCCGCAACCCUCCCCCGUUACCUGUUGUUUUCUCUCCAAUUGAGUUAGAUGGCAUAGAAGAAAAAAAAAAAAAAAAGAGGAGAGUAAGAUUGUAGGACAAGAUUUUCAAAACAUGAAAAUGAACAAAGGAGAUGAGGAAAAAAAAAUGACUGUAGCAAUUUUUAAAUGAAGCCUCCCUCUUUCAUACUGUUAUGGUCAUGGUUCUGAGUGUACGGCUUAAAUUCCUUUAUGUACAAUAGCUAAUACCAUUUUCUAGUAGAAUGUUCUUUUUCAGUAACACUGCAUAUUCUGUAGCCCCUGAUGGGGUAUUGACUGAUUGGUCCAAUGUGACUGAGCUUUUAAAUCGAAAAAGGACAAAAAAAAACAAAAAAAAACCAGAUGGAAGGAAAUGGACAUUGUGUAUUUAUCCUGCUGUUUUUACCGGACAAAAUGUCAAUGAUUUCUUUUUUUUGUAUUUGCUUAUUUGUUGUUUUGUUUGUUUUGUUCUGUUGAAACCUGGUCCUCCCUACCUUGUGUACACAUGCUUCAUGUUCCACAGCACCAUAGCGAUAGUCACAUGCUUCUUUUUAAAGGUUGUGUUCUUGACUUUAAGCUUUUCAAAAUAAAGGCUAGAUAUUAACCCGCGGCUGUUUGGCCCAGACAGGUUUGUUGUGGUAGGUAUGGGAGUGUUAGAUAGGAGUCGGUGAAGUUUUUAAAUGUGUGCACCAAGAGGUUGUGCGCUCUUUUGCAUAGGUUGUUAAGGUAAAUAACGUGCAGUCACGUACAGUAUGUGUUUCAGGCUUUUAAUUUUAAGUGGCUAAGCUUUGAGCCUCAGUUCGCUGAUUAAGAGUGUUCCAGGAGAGACUAACAACUAGUCUAUUAUAUGUGAUGAGACCCUGCAUUGUCCUACAUCGCUAUCACAGCUUUACACUCGCUGAAACUUUUUCAUAGUGGGCGUUUGGUUUACUAUUUCAACAGUAUAUUGCAUGUUUAACUAACAAAGAGACUGUACUACCUUGAAUUUGAAACAGUUCUACACUAGUCAUGUUCAUAAGUAAAUGGUUCACUCUAGGUUAUCUUUCAAAAUUCCAUUAAAACAUCGUGGCAAGGCA